GCGAGAGACGGGCGUGGAGCGCGUCGGGGCCGGAAGCAGCUGCGGAGAAGAUGGUCGGCGUGUCGAGUGGGGCUGGGCGGCAGCAGCAGCCACGACAGCUGGAUAACGUGAGUCGCCAGCCGCUUAGGGGUCCUGCUCCGCGGGCUGCACAUGGGAAGGGGAGAGGCGGCUUCGGGGUGGAGCGGGUCGGGAGGACGCGUGACUCGGGAGGGCGUCUGAAUCUCACGGCGCGCCUCUUUGAGCCCCGUGGCUGCUCCAGUAUCCCCGAAAACGGAGAGCUUCCAAGAGUUCUGAGGGCACACGGUUCUUCCCUUGAAGGGAGAGUCGUCGAAUUGCAUCGUUGGGAGAGAGACCCCGGGGGUUAUCCAGCCCAGUCCUGUGCAGUGUAGGAAUUCUGCUCACAGCCGUCCCUGGGUGGGCUCGAACCGCCGACCUUCUGCCUCGCAGCCAGAUGCACUGGCCCACUGCGCCACAGUGUGCUUUUAUUGCAUUUAUAACCGCCGCCCCCUCCCCAGCGGAUAGAAGGUGGUAUAUUAGUGGUUCUGCUCCUCAGUUUAAUCCCCUCACAACAACCCCGCGAGGUAGGUUUAGACUGAGAGGCAGUGUUUGGCCCAAGGUCUCCCAGGGAGCUUCGUGACUGAGUGGGGAUUUGCACCCUGGUCUCCCAGGUGUUAGACCAGCACUGAAGCUGCUACACCGCAGCUGCUGGGCAAAGAAGGCGUGGACGUUUAUAGACUCCACCGCAGAGAUUUCUAUCACGCGCUUGCUUUUGCCUUGAAAACCUCAGUUCCUGCUUCCAGCUGUGUGGAAACUGUUUUGAUUGUGAGAGAAACGAUGGUUAGGAAAAAGUCAUGUUAAAACUCCUGAAAGCCAUUGAGUCCUGUCUGUUGACUGUCCAUUUGGAAGUGCAUCUUUUCAUAAUGUCUGCCAGUUACUUGAAGGCCUCAUUGAAUUCCAGCACAGCAGCCCCAAAAUAUGGCUAUUUCAGUCCUGUGCUUCUAUUCUGUGAACUUCUUGCUUUGGGGGCUUUAAUUAGAAAGUUUAUUGCCCACCCUUUGUAUAGGGAGACACAUGUCUUCAAGAAUUUGGGUCCUAAGACAUUUAGGGCUCUAUUGGCAAUGAAGAAUGUACUUAAGCUUUGUUUAAGCUUGUCAGUUCUCUGAAUGUUAUGUCAGGGAAGGACUCUGCAACAGGUAAACUAUUGGGAAAUCUAGUAAAGGGAUGUUGAUCCUAACAGUAGAAUCGGCUCCUGAGUUGAGAAGUAUCUGUGGUUAUUUUGGUUUUUUUUAAAUAAAGGUAUUUUUAUUCUGCUGUUUUGCAAAACAUCAGGGUGGUGUAUAAACAUAUAAACAUUUAAAAGCAAUCUGGGGACAUAUCAGAGACAACUGUAUAGGCCUGUCAGCAUAAAAGUCUUAAAGUCUCAUGACAGUCAUGCAGUUACUGGGCCACAAUUAGAAACAGACACCAGAAUACUUGUAGUAGGAUUGGAAGAGGAAGUGUUUGCAAAUAUUUCUCUCUAUUCUAAAAUAUUGUAGACAGACAUUCAUACUUACUUUGCCAAACAUUUACAGUGGUAGCUCGGGUUACAGAUGCUUCAGGUUACAGACUCCGCUAACCCAGAAAUAGCACCUCGGGUUAAGAACUUUACUUCAGGAUGGGAACAGAAAUCGCGUGGCGGCAGUGGGAGGCCCCAUUAGCUAAAGUGGUACCUCAGGUUAAGAACAGUUUCAAGUUAAGAACGGACCUCCAGAACAAAUUAAGUUCUUAACCCGAGGUACCACUGUAUUAGACAUUACAAGUAUAGGCCAUCAUAAAACACCCAUACAUAAAAUUUUGAAAUAUAUACUAAUAUACAGCCAUGUAAAAUAUAUAAUGAGGAUUUUCAUUGGGAUUUCUUCUCACUAAAUAGUGCCAUUCGCCACUCUGAGAGACUAUUGACCAAACUCAGCCACCUUUGCAGUUACUUCCAGGUUAAUGUCAGACAGAUAGAAUCUGAUAUUUUCAUUGUCCUGCGAUGUUAGAUUACCCCAAAAAGGGGAUAGCACGCAUUUGCGUAGCUGUUUGUACAAUGGACGAUAGAAAAGAAUAUGUUCUACAGUGUCCAGCACAUUCAAAGCAAUGUCUAUCAUUUCUGGGGAUGUUUAAAUAUCUGCCCUUGAUAAAAGCUGGCGGGGGGGACGACGGCAUUCAAUUGGGUUAACAUAAAGGUCCUGUGUUGAACUGGAAUUAUUAAUUUUUAGAUAUAAGUGACCCUGUUAUCUGUAGCAAAUUUUAUUUACAGCCAAUGGUAAAAAUGCUGGAAGCAAUUUUCAGCAAUGUAACAAAUAUAUCUUUUAUUUUGGGUUUAAAUGUUCAAAGCAAAGCUAAAAAUGUGUUUGCAUUGCAGAGUUGUGUUUGUUGUAAUGGCUGCCUCUUGAGUUUGCGAAAGGUGGGAUUCCGAGGCUCUUAAAGAAGACCAAUCAUUUUCAAACUGGUGGUUGUUGGAGGAACCCUGCUCUGUCCCCUUAAAAAGAACCUGGUGUAAAACUGCAGUAUUAUGUUAAAAUGAAGUUUGAUUAGGAAAUAUAAAACUAUCUUACAUUUUGGGGCAUCUGCCUAUCUCUCUAGAGCCCAAGGGAGGGCUGUUUUUUUAAAGCAGAGAAUACGAAACUUAUUUACUCCAUUUGUUGAAGAGCAAAUUAGAAGUGUGUUAAGUAAAUUUGUUUGGGUGAUAUUCAACUAAGUUUUACUCAGAGUAGACCCGCUGAAAUUAAUGAUGGAAGUUAGAUCCAUUAAUUUAAGUGAGUCUACUCAAAAUAAGACUUAGUUGAAUAUCACGCUUGGUGUUCUGUUAAGCAGACAUGACUAUUGAGCCUUCUACAGUUACUAUUGGGAUCUCUGUUUCUGAUGUUAAGGUAUGAAUGUUGUAGCUUAUGUAGCCCACAUGGUAUCCAUGCCCAAGAAGAAGGUUAUUGUCUGGGCUGGCAGAGCCCUGUGGCUUCCUAAAGCAGGAACCCUAAGGGAGAACCCUCAGAACAGCCCAUUGAGAACACUGGGUGCCCUGUGGCUAUGCACUUCUGGCUGUUGGUGGGUGUGCUGUGCAUUGGCUGGCUGACAGGAGCACUCCACUCUGCAACACUUCACACAGGACUGAGGCUACAUGGUAGUGUUCCUUGUGUAAUGUGGCAGCUGUCCAUUCAAUGCAUAUACAGCUCCAAAUAAAUAUUAGCUCCAAAUAAAUAUUGGGGUACCAGCAUUGAUUAGACAGGAGUUAAAUUAAGCGCUGGCUAGCUUUCCAAAAUUGUAUAGUGAAUUUUGCCUUCUUUAGUGCAUUAUAUCUUCAAAACCUGAGGAUCACAGUGAUCAUAUAUUGGAGCUUCUGAAAUUUGAAAGUGGGCAUUUAAACUGAAUUAUUAGGAAAUAUUUUUAUCUUCCAAAUAUGAGCAGUUUCAAUGUUUAAAACAAGUUUGAAGUGCAAGGAGACUAUUUUACACAUGGUGCCAAACUUGCAAGGGGUUGGUUACCCAUUAAGGUAAAUGAUGACUUCUGUGCUAAUUUAGAUAAGAUUGAGCUGUCUUUGGGAACAGUAAAAGAGCUCAAGUGAUGCCUUCUAAAGUAAACUUGGUUGAAUUUUUCAAGGACUAAACUAGAUCACAUGCCUUUCUCAUUCCUUUUUACUAAAACUGAAGUAGUUUUCCAUUCUGGCAGGACAACGCCAAAAAUGCUUGUGUAGGACAGGAAAAAUGAGUUGGGCAAUUAUCCUGUGAUUAUGUGUGAUGUUAUUUCUUAAAAAAAACCCUAAAUGGUUUAUGUUAGAUAAAUGAUCUCAUGGGCAUCACUUUUAUCUCAUUGAGCUUUACUAGUUCUCCUUAAGUUCCUAUUUAAAACCUUAAAUGUAGAUGAACACAUUGAAAACCAUAAAUUAGUUUAAGCAAGUUCACAUUCACGUAGAAAAACUGCAUUGGUGUUUGUGCUAAACUAGUGUGGGCAAUAUUUAUUGCCAGUUCAGGCAAUAUUGCUUACCUUCAGUUUAUUGGGACUAUUUCACAUUGGUCAACCCCAGUUCUUUAAGAACUGGUUUGCAAAAAUACACCACACUCUUUCAAAAACAAAACUGUACAUGGGAGUAAAUCCCACUGAGUUUCUCUUGGUUUUCUGUUUUGAACGUUAUGUUGCUAAAUCUAUUUCAGGGAUCUGUUUCAGAGAUAACGCAGAGCAUGGAUGACGACCCUUUGCUUGAUGCGCCGCUUGUUCCACCUCAUUCAUUGCAUUCCAGGAUGUGUCCAAGGUUCCACGCCAUACCUACAGUCGGCAUUGCCAAUAUUUUGCUGCUCAUGCAUGUAAGUUGCCGAUGAGUUAUUUGGAUAAAUUCAAUGAUGCAGAGGUGCAGUUUGCCCCCAGGCCUUCAGUUGAGCGAGCGAGUAGCAGCGCUGGCCUCUUCCUCAGGCAUCUCCUGUGCAGCCAGUAGAGUAGCUCUUUCCCCAGCAGACAAGUGUGACAUGGCUCUCCUCCUUGGCCACUUAAAAGGUGGAAAGGUCGGCCCAGUCAGUUUCCUGUGAGCCCUUUCCAGAAGUGUUCUGUUGUGGUCGCAUUUUCUGUCUGUCCCUGCUCUUUAAGGCCAGAGGGUGGCAGCAUGCAGAGCAAGUGGGAUGACAAACCAAACUGAUACACCUGGAAAUUAGAAAGCACUAAGGCAUGGAUGGGGACGUGGGUGGCGCUGUGGGUUAAACCACAGAGCCUAGGGCUUGCCAAUCAGAAGGUUGGUGGUUCGAAUCCCCACGACGGGGUGAGCUCCUGUUGCUCGGUCCCUGCUCCUGCCAACCUAGCAGUUCGAAAGCACAUCAAAGUGCAAGUAGAUAAAUAGGUACCGCUGCAGCAGGAAGGUAAACGGCAUUUCCGUGCGAUGCUCUGGUUCGCCAGAAGCGGCUGAGUCAUGCUGGCCACAUGACCCGGAAGCUGUACGCCGGCUCCCUUGGCCAAUAAAGCGAGAUGAGCGCCGCAACCCCAGAGUCGGCCACGACUGGACCUAAUGGUCAGGGGUCCCUUUACCUUUACCUAAGGCAUGGAUGAAAUCUCAAAAUACCUUGCAGGCAGCAAGUUGGGGAAAGCAGUUACUGCCCAACCUUCAUCCCUAGAGUUUUGUUGGCUUGAGAAGCAAGCAGACAACAAUAAUUGUGUCUAUGUCCCUGUUCCAUAUGCUGAUGCCAUCCUGCUCCCUGCCCUUGGUGACCCUGGUCAGUGAGAAUCAAGCUUUUAUAGCCUUCCUUCCAGUACCAAACUUGGUGGCACCAUGCUGAUCAGUAGAAGAGUGAAAUGGAGCUGCCCCAAAACAGCUGUGUGUUUCUGUUUACCAGGACUUCAUAAGCACAAUAAUACUGCUUUGUUAAGAACCACCUCCACCCCCGCCAAAAAAAAAAUCCUGCUGGAGAGGGCUAUGCAAUCAAAAGUCCUCCCCUAGAAACAGUCAAAGCUGUCUUGGUGGCAAAAGCAAGAGGGGAUAGGGACUGUUCCUGUGGAGAACUGGGAUAAUGCACACACCACCAGCAGCUGUAAUGGCCAGGUGGCUCUCACUCGGAUUAAAGUACUUGCAUUCAGAGUUGGUGAUAACAGAAUGGGCAGCUUCAUUUCUGUGCUGUCCUGCUCAGGUUGGGGGUCACCUUCAUUGCCUUCUACUGGCCACUGUUUACCAGCCCCAGAGAUUCCUUUGGGGGAAGGCUGAGCUCACUGGCAUUUGCAUGUGCAUGUGUCACUUCCCAUCAUUACUGUGUCAAUACAGUGGUGCCUCGCAAGACGAAAUUAAUUCGUUCCGCGAAUUUUUUCGUCUAGCGAAUUUUUCGUAUUGCGAAGCACGAAAUCCCAUAGGAAUGCAUUGAAAAUCAAUUAAUGCGUUCCUAUGGUCAAAAAAAAGUCCAAACAAAGCCAAAUUUGGUACAACAAGAGUUUAUUAAGUGCUCUUUAAAGUCACACAUACUGUAAAGAGCAUUUCAAAAUUCAAACCCAGAAUUUUUUUUAAAAAACAGCAGAGUUGCCCAAUGGUCACAGAAAAUCAUAAAAAUGCAGAAAAAAACACACAAGCUUCCUGAUUCUUGCAAACCCCUCCCCAGCUGUUCCCCCAGCCACCCACCACACAGAAAUUCAAAUCCAGAAUAUUUUUUAAAAAACAGCAGAGUGCCCCAGUGGUCACAGAAAAUCAUAAAAAUGCAGGAAAAAAACACAAGCUUCCAGAUUCUUGCAAACCCCUCCCCAACUGUUCCCCCAGCCACCCACCACACAGAAAUUCAAAUCCAGAUUUUUUUAAAAAAAACAGCAGAGUGGCCCAAUGGUCACAGACAAUCAUAAAAAUGCAGAAAAAAACACACAAGCUUCCAGAUUCUUGCAAACCCCGCCCCAACUGUUCCCCCAGCCACCCCGCACACAGACAAUCAAAUCCAGAAAUUUUUUAAAAACGACAGCAGCGUGGCCCAAUGGUCACAGAAAAUCAUAAAAAUGCAGAAAAAAACACACAAGCUUCCAGAUUCUUGCAAACCCCUCCCCACCACCAACUCCAUGAAUUCCAAACACCCCAACCCAAAAUCCACCCCCCCCAAUAAAAGUUUUAAAAGCGUAACGUACCAAAUGGCUGCAAAAGAAGUUUUGGAAAAGCUUCAAAAAUCACCAAAGUCUUUAAAAACCUCAAAAAAGGCUACUAUGUACACUGCGUUCUAUGAGUUGCUCCUCGAAGUCAAGUUGCAACUGUAUUAACGGUGUUAAGAAAAAGGAAACAAACUUGCAAGACAUUUUCGUCUUGCGAAGCAAGCCCAUAGGGAAAUUCGUCUUGCGAAGCCGCUCAAAAAACGGAAAACCCUUUCGUCUAGCGAGUUUUCCGUCUUGCGAGGCAUUCGUCUUGCGGGGGACCACUGUACUGGGAUAGCUCAGUCAGCAGAGCUUGAGACUCUUAAUCUCAGGGUUGUGGGUGUGAGCCCCACGUCGGGCAUAAGAUUCCUGCAUUGCAGGGGGUUCGCCAAGAUGACCCUUCUGGUCCCUUGCACCUCUACAGUUCUAUUAUUCUAAUAGGAUGGAGGUUGGCUUAUAUUUUUCCUUCCGAGUGGGAAGGCUUAAGAACAUAUUAUGGGUUAAUGAUGCCAUAUCAGCAAUAGAAAAUGGUUAUAAAUAAAGUUAGAGCAAACCUGCCAGGCUUGGAUGUGUUUGACUUUGAUGAUGAGCAUUUGAAAUUUCUUUCUUUCUCUUUUCUUCCUUAGGUUGCUUUUGUUGUUUUGGCUUUUCUGGCAGGCAUAUUCUGCUCUUACCCUGAUGCAAGUGGAGAUGUGUGUCCUCAGCAUUACACUUACCCACUUAAAGUGCAAACUGUUAUAGUUACUGCCAAAGUAAUUCUCUGGAUCCUGUAUCUGUUUCUCGAACGGUAUAUUCACUUCUACCAUAGCAAGGUCAGAAGGAAAGGCUACCUCCAGAUCUACAGAGCCACAAGGCAUCUUAAGAGAUUUCCACUCCUAAUUCAGUCUACAGGUGAGCCUGAAUCUACUGACUCACUCUUGUCAAUCUCUUGUUUGUAAAUGUGAAUUCUUCUACGUGCAUGAAGCAUCUCACAUGGUCAUGACAACAGUGCAGUUCUAGCUUUCGCUGCAUCUUUCUAGUAUUUGGUCUGACUUGGACAAGAUGAAGCCUUCAAGGUAAGCCAAGAUUUAUCAGUAAUUUUUGUAAUGCAUUUUGUAUUCAGUCCACUUUGUUCCUUAAUGUAUACCACAUCUCUCCUCUAAUAGCUCAACUGCAGGUACCAUAACUUCAAAAAAAUGGCCAUUUGAGGUGUUUUGCUCCAAUAGCUAUCUGGAAUUGACUAGUACAUUGUGACAAAAUGUGCCAUACUGUCCUAAUAAUGUCAGGGUAUUCCUUACUGCAGUUAGCUCAAAGGGGGGCACUGGCUCUAUGGAUCAAGGAAAGAGUGGGUACUUUAGCUUCUACCCUGAUCACAGGAGAUGGCAGUGUGGUAGGAAUCUGAGCCCUGUCAGAUAAUAAUAAUAAUAAUAAUAAUAAUAAUAAUAAUUUAUUACUUAUACCCCGGCCAUCUGGCCGGGCCUCCCCAGUCACUCUGGGCAGCUUCCAACAAAAUAUUAAAAUACAGUAAUGCAUCAAACAUUAAAAGCUUCCCUAAACAGGGCUGCCUCCAGAUGUCUUCUGAAAGUCUGGUAGUUGUUGUUCUCUUUGACAUCUGGUGGGAGGGCGUUCCACAGGGUGGGUGCCACUACCGAGAAGGCCCUCUGUCUGGUUCCCUGUAACUUGGCUUCUCACAGUGAAGGAAUCGCCAGAAGGCCCUCGGCACUGGACCUCAGUGUCCGGGCGGAACGAUGGGGUGGAGAUGCUCCUUCAGAUAUACUGGACCGAGGCCGUUUAGGGCUUUAAAGGUCAGCACUAACACUUUGAAUUGUGCUUGGAAACGUACUGGGAGCCAAUGUAGGUCUUUCAAGACUGGUGUUAUGUGGUCUCGGCAGCCGCUCCCAGAGUUACAGCCUCAACCUGAUGCUCGGGAAGCAGAAGUACAAUAGAAGUAUGUUGCAGUAUGUAAUAAACCCAUUGCAUGUUGACAUUUAACAGAUGGCUGUUCAGCCUUGACUUGAAAACCCCCAGCAUGGGAGACCCCAUCACGCCUUUAAAUAAUCUGCUGCAUUGCUGAACUUCUCUUGCAGUCAAGAAGUUUCCAGCCAAAAUCUGCCUUCCUUUAACUUAAACCCAUUAGAUGUCUGGUGCCCCAGAAUUUAGUCACUUUCUUCCUCUAAGAAGCAAAUAUUUGAAGAGCACUAUCAUGCCCUCUAUAAUCUCAGAUAGGAACUGAAUAAUGAGUAAUUCAUGAACAAACCAGUCCUUGGUCAAAAGCCUACUUUUGCUCAAAUUGAAAUGUUGGGCUCUUGAGUUAUUUUCCUUCUCUGUUUACUGAUGCAAGAAAUCUUCAGUUAACAGAUUAAUGAAUUUUCCAUACACCCAUUGUUUUUGUAACAACCAGAGUGGGGACGCAAGUGCCUGCAUAUUGACUGAAAACUGUGGGCUUUAAUACUUAAAUAGAGCUGCUUUCUUUGUGUGCAGUUUGCCCUACUUACCAAGUUGGCCACAGUAUGGCUGCAGUGUUUAGAAGUGGCCACUAGGUGGAGCUCUGGAGAUUUAAUAUGAAAGAUCACACUAUAGAAGGAGCUUUUGGCUAGAUAGUGUUGGUUGUAAGGACAAUAGCUUUUCUUGCAGUAUACAGUAAUGAUUAGUGCUUGAAGCACUGUGUGGCUGAAAAACUUUAGAACAUGCCUGUGAAAACCUGAGGGCAAAAUGUGAGGUCGAAACAGUAAUCCUUAGUGACUUCAGCAGUGUAGUAGUGGGAAACCAUUGGCUCUCAAGGCUUCCCAAGCCCUCGCCAUUUGACCUGUGAGGCCACUUCAGCCAAGCCACAUGCAUGUGCCCCACACCUGAUGGGGGUAGGUAAAGACACAACUUUCUUGAAAGUGAGUUUUGCGGUCACCAUAAUCAGAGGCUCCUGCAAGGCCUUUGCAAACACUCAUCAUCAUGGGAGCUUUGCUAACACAGCAGACCAGCUGAUUAACUGUUCCUUUGUCCAUGCAACUUGAUUCCAAAGGAAACUGGGGCCCCUGAUGUGUGCGGGACUUGGCCUGUCAAACAUGGUGCACGGGUGGUGAGGUGGGUAAGGAUCUCUGAUCAUAGGUGUGUUAAGAGAAGUGGAAAAGGAAGGGAACAGUCUAAUGCAGACAUCAGCAUCUUACUGUCAGUCAUAUGUUCUCGGCUGCAAUUCCCAACUGGAAGGCAUCAGGCUGGUGAAAUCUAGUCCAAUGGAUAAACGUAACCGGUACUUCAGAUGUGUUCUUAGUAAUCCUAAGCCAUACGUACUGUAAAACAUUUUACCUUAAGUUCAAACUCUGCAUCUCGUUGCAUGCAAUUGAAUAUACAUUUGCUAGUGACAACUUGGAAACAUCUUCCAUGGCAUUUAGCUUGAACAGAAAACUGAAAAGUGCAGCUGAAAUAAGCACAAGGGUCUGUUCCUCUUUCUUAUCCUAUAGUAAAGCCACUGGCCAUCAAAAGGAGGCUGUGCGUGGUUGAGAAUGUGCUCAGUGCCUGUUUUCACUCAUGACCGAGAGAGUCAGCUGAGUAUGACUAUUAGUUCAGAGUUAAUGCUGGUUUAUGUAUUUGGGGGUUAUCUUGAGCCACUUCUGGAAGCUAUCUAGACGGCUGGGUUCUUAACAUGUCUCAUCUGUGUCUUUUAAUAGGUAAUAUAGCUUUACUGCUGAUUUUGUCAGCGCAACAUUCCUUUCCUGAUCACAAUAAAAUGUAUCUCUGCUUCAUCCUGGGAAUCUUGAGCGUGGAACUAUUGUGUUCGUUGAUAUGUGUGGUUGUCUACACAGGUAAGAGCAGCAGCAUUGCCUUGCAUGUAUAAGCCACUUAGACUGGCCACUAGGCCACAGAAUUACCACUUUAUUUUUUUUCAGAUUCAUUGCUAAGAUUAGCUUGACCCAAGGGGCCUGCUAAGAGUUAAUAAUCUGAUGGCUUGGAUGGUUAUAUCUUGGCUUAAUAAGGCUAUACAAGAACGGGCCUUGUGCACUCAUAUGCAGCUGCUUCAAUCCUGCCUUUAUGUUAGUAACCAAACAAGCUGGGGAGUCUUAAUCUGCCUAGUUUCUCUCUAUUCCUGUUUUUGCCCUAUCGAGAAAUCUGUGUUUUGGCCAAGACCUAGGGAACAGCUGGAUUUUACACUUCCGUGGAAGCAGAAUUGGCCAUUGUCAGAUUCUCCUCCCCAGCAGCCUAAAACCUCCAUGGCAUACUUUUGUAUGUUACUGUCUCCCACAUUUCAUCUUGAAAUUCUUGGCAAACGCCGACUAAAUGGCUUCCCUGCCAGCCACGUUUUUUUCUUCCAUUUCCUCCUUGCUUUGAUUGCCCAUCUACACUGAUGAGUCUGGGGAACUGAAACAUUGUACACUAUGUAUUCAGUUCUGGGGAAUUGAAACAUUGUGCACUAUGUGGGAGCCAGUGUGGUGUAGUGGUUAAGAGCGGCAGAUUUGUAAUCUGGUGAACCGGGUUCACUUCUCCGCUCCUCCACAUGCAGCUGCUGGGUGACCUUGGGUUAGUCCCAUUUCUCUGAAGUCUCUCAGCCUCACUCACCUCACAGAGUGUUUGUUGUGGGGGAGGAAGGGAAAGGAGAAUGUUAGCAGCUUUGAGACUCCUUCGGGUAGUGAUAAAGCGGGUUAUCAAAUCCAUUAAAAAAAUAAAUUGUGACAUUUUGGUUGGCGUAAUAAAAGGGCUGCCCUAAUACAGAUUUUGACCACAGUUUACGGGUUUAAACAUAACAGGAAACAGUACUGAACUGAGACUUCCCAGCUCACUUGUGCAAGGGGAGCAGGGAAAUGGCUCCAUGUGGAAGAAUGAAGCUUGUUCAUAUGUUGCUGUAUAAAGUCGUGAUAGGGUCAUCCCAAUAUGGCUUAGAAGAAUAGAAUUGGAGAGUUGGAAAGUACCCCCAAAGGUCAUCUAAUCCAACCCCUUGUAAUGUAUGAAUAUUUUGCCCAAUGUGGGGCUCGAACCCACGACCCUGGGAUUAAGAGUCUCAUGCUCUACCGACUGACCUAUUAUCAGAUUCAAGUUUGUACAACCUUAUUCUGUCAAUGAAGUGUGUAUUUUUAACAACGUGCAUAGCUACUUGACCUUAGAUAAAUGCAAAGAAGCUGAAACGUAUUCAAGCGUUUCUAACUUCAUUCUAUUGCAUUGAUCCAAAAUGCCCAGAUGGAGGGAUAGAGUUCAUUGCCCGACGCUAAGACGUUGUUUAAGCUCCUACACUGUCCUAUCCCAAGGGUUUUGGGCAGUUAAUAGUGUAGAAGAGAGGACACACAAAAUGCAGCUGUUGAUCUAGAAAUCUCUCGCUUGGCAGUGAGAGCCAUCUUUGUGGAGGAGCAGCUGUUUUGAGGGGUUUCUUGCCUGGCACUGAUAGGCAGCUGCGUCUCUGCCCAUGUAGUGCAAGGCUUUUCAUUUUUGUACGUAUGGCAGCCGUGGAAGGAGGCAAGACCCUGCUUCUGAAAAGUGCCAGCACAAUUGACAGAACUUGAGGUCUGGACUGCAGCCUGAUGUCACCUGCAGGGCAGUGCAGUUCUUGAGUCUCCUCCCUCCUUUAGGAAGACAGAAGUUAAAGCUGCCAAACUUCACAGCGUUAGCAGUGAGGCAAGAGGGAAUCAUGAUGCGUUGUAAAAUAUUGCAGGGAGGAAACGGUGGCAGUGCUGCUGAUUUAAGAGGGAGGCCAGGGAGACUGCAUUGACUUUCGACCCUGCCAGCAGAGCAGCUCUUGGGUGUAAAUAAUUGAUCUGUCAGCUCCUACAUUAAAGGAGUGAGCUCUUCAUGUUUUUAAAGAGAGGAGAAUUCGUAUGAUGGUUCUGUGCUGGCCUUGCUGCUUUCGGAGCCCCUCUGAGACUCCACACAAAUGCAGGCUCAGUGUGAUGUCACAGUCCAGGCACAAGCACAAAGUUAACGGGCUUCCAAAACCACAAUUUACAUGUGAUGGCCGCAGAUAGCGGCCACAUCUGGAUGAUUAAAUCCUGUCUUAAUAAGACAGCGCACAUCCACACUUUGUGCACACAUCCUCUGCGCUUUCUUCUGCAUGCACAAGGAAACCUUGGGAAUUAGACAGCCCUGGGUCGUUUGACCCUUUAAUUAGUUCUCCUUUUUUUUGCCUCCUAUGAAAACUACACAGGGCACUCUUUUAAUGUUUAAAUAGCAUCUAACCUUUACUUAGUGUACUUGCAUUUGCAGAUUAAAAUAUAUAAUGCGGGUGGGUGUUUCAGAGGUGUAGCUUGGGUGGUGGUGGGCACUGGCUUAUGUGGCCAAGCCAGCAUGUGUAAGUCAUGGUUUAAAGUUAGCUUUUGCUUCCUUGCUUGUUGUUCCUGGUUCUCACGUGACAAGAAGCUAUAGUUAACUGCAGUGGCUUGGCAUACUGUCAAGUUUGCACAAAGAGUGGAUUAGGGGACUGCAUGCAGAUGUAUGGAGCGUGUACACAUCCUGCUAAUUAAAUGAAGAUUUACUUUGUGUAAACCACGUUCCAUUAGAUCUGGCACCCCCAAACUCGGCCCUCCAGAUGUUUUGAGACUACAACUCCCAUCACCUCUAGCUAACAGGACCAGUGGUCAGGGAUGAUGGGAGUUGUAGUCCCAAAACAUCUGGAGGGCUGAGUUUGGGGAUGCCUGCAUUAAAUGCACACAUGAAAGUAGAUCUAGCUGAGAAAAUGAAGUUGUUGUUUUUUUCUCUGAAGGCACAUAACAAUCCCGCUACUACUUUGCCAUGUGUCUUUUGCCUUUGCCCAUUGUGAAAGUGGCCCUGGGAACCUCUACUCAAAAUUCACCUACAAAUGGAUGAGAUGGGGUUUGCUGACAGUGAGCUCCCUCGUCUCCUUCCCAUUGGGCUGUUGGCCUGCUCCACUUGCAAAGGAACAGUCAAGAACUUACUUCGAGCUCCCAGGAAUUCCUUUGUAGCCAUGUCCAUACACUUGUUUCUUGCCUGACAUUAUGUAUAAAGUCAGGAAUGGGGCAGCUGGGCAUGGUUUUGGAGAAAAUGGCCCAAUUGGGACCCAUGUUGGACCUAAUUAGAGUGGUGGGCUGGAGGUUCCCGACCUCUGUGUUAGAGUUCACAAGUGGAACCUACAACAAAACGUUGCAGUCCUUUUGCUCAGGGUUUGUGUCGCUUCAUUUCCCCUUCCUGUCUUUUUUAUUCGCACACCACCGCACACAUUCAGUGAGCAUUCUGUGGCCAUUGGUUGCCCUUGAGCCUUAUCCGACUAUUUUGUGGGCCUUGCCCCUAUAUUCUAAAGACUUAUUUUUCUUCUGCAAACCUUGAUAUCCUCUGGACCUCUUGUGUGUUGAUGACCCUGGUUGGGCUACAUGAGCAAUGACACCCUUGCCUGAAAAUUCAGUUUUUUAAGAGAAUCAUCAACUUUCUUAUCUUUUCAUGAUCUUUCUUUUACCACCAACCUUCCCAAAUGAAGUAGUUGUGUAUCUGAACCCUUCAGGACACCUGUUGGGUUACAAUUGCCUUAAAUGUCCUGGAAUGCAUGUGCCGGGGUAAUCUGAUCCGGUCAUGAAUAGCUGAAUUCUGAUGUUGUUGAGAGCCAAACUCAGCUGAUUACUUUACAGCUUGCUGACACAUCUGCCUUGGUUAUUCUUCUGAUCAGUCAUGCAACCUGCUUGUACACAACAGGUGGUCUAGUAUAGCAAUUCUAUGGGGGGAGAUAGGAGGGGGGAGAGAAGAAGAAAGUUCCUAUUCAAAAGGAGAUGCUGACUGAGUAGAUGAGAAUGAAGCAUUGUGUUGACAGUGGAACUCUCUUAAAAAGGAACUUCCUCCACCAUCUUUUGCCAAAGAGAUCAGAUGAAUUUAAGCAUUCCGAUUAGGGACGGUUGAAGGGGACUCGCCAAACCACAUUAACUGGUCUGUAAAAUUAAGCUGCCAAUUAUUUUUUCGUAACUGGCCGAAAGUGGUAUAAAACAUGCCAUUUCCCACUGUCACACUCAUUGCAAGGAUGAUCAGUUUUUCCCUCUUGGGCUUCAGCUUUCAAGCAUUGUUUAUGGGUUUGCUAUGGGUAGUAAAUCUGCCUAAGUAACAUAUUCAGCUGCACGUUCCCUGCUUUCUCCUAUUUUCUGCUUCUCUUCCUUUUCCUCUUCCCCCCCUGUGCUCAAUUGUCAGCUUCUCUAGGCAGGGGCCUGUUGUACUGAAUGUAAAUCAAAACAACAAUAGCAGUACUCUAAGCAGACCUAAAGGGAUGUGGGUGGCGCUGUGGGUUAAACCACAGAGCCUGGGACUUGCCGAUCAGAAGGUCAGCGGUUCGAAUCCCCGCAACGGGGUGAGCUCCUGUUGCUCAGUCCCAGCUCCUGCCAACCUAGCAGUUUGAAAUCACGUCAAAGUGCAAGUAGACAAAUAGGUACCGCUCCAGCGGGAAGGUAAACGGCGUUUCCGUGCACUGCUCUGGUUCUCCAGAAGCAGCUUAGUCAUGCUGGCCACAUGACCCGGAAGCUGUACGCCGACUCCCUCGGCCAAUAAAGCGAGAUGAGUGCCGCAACCCCAGAGUCGGUCACGACUGGACCUAAUGGUCAGGGGUCCCUUUACCUUUACCUUUACCUUUAAGCAGACCUAGGAACACAACACAGGUCACUCAACAUGCAUUGGCUGUGGUCCAGAUGUGGAAAAGUAGGAUAUUGCAUGUUUGUAACUCAGGUCAGCUAUACCUGGCUCAUGGAGUGUGUUGUGUUAAUGUAUGGAAUGGAGCCAGAAGGAAAGUCCCAUCUUGUAGCAAUCUUCUUUUUCUUUUGUGGGUGGAUCAAAUGGUAGAACAGAAAUGGAGAACCCCCUCCAGGUGUGGUUGGGACUUCCAUCAGCCCCAGCCAGAAUGGUCCAGGGGUCAGGAAUGAUGGGAAAUAAAAUGCAGCAACAGGUGGAGGGCCACAGGUUCCCUCUCAUUGUUCUAUAAAUUAAUAUGGUUCUGUAUUUAAAAGUCUUCUGAACUGUCAAUUUAUAUUUCCGGUGUCAGACUGCACACACUGUAGCUUUCCCCUUAUCUAAUUACAGUAAAGGUAAGCAACUUUAACCGGGCAAAACCAAGACCUGAUGUCAUAGAAGAAGAGCAGAUGUAUGCUUAUCCUAAUCACACUACCUCAGAAGUUGGAUUCAGGUAACAUCUCCUGUUACUCAUUAUUCCUCCUGUGCACUAGGUAACAAAUAGCAUUUAUUGGAAAGAUGAAGUCUGACUUCUUGAUAGAUGCCAACAUAAUGUUCUGCACCAUUACUGAGAGUGUAACCAUAGAUAUCACUGGUAUUUGUGUAGCUUGGUACUGUCAUGGUUAAUGACAUGCUGGACUUGAUUGACGUACAGUUGACAACUCUGUAUGUGGCUUAUCUACAUAAACACUUUUGGGCUUAGCUGCGUCCUCUGAAUUGGGAACUGUGUUUAUCUACUACUUUUGUUAGUUCAUUUGUUCCUUCCUUGGUGCAUAUCUGAAGACACAGUGAUUUUUUUCAUAUGCUUGGAAGACACUUGGUGCCAAAUAGAUAUAUGACAGCUGGCAGUGGCUGUGGUUAUUGAAGGUUCAAGAAAUAAAUGCACACAUAACCUGUUGAACCAGUCAAAUCUGUAAGCCACCAAAAUAGUGUAACAGCCUUCCUUUAUUUAACAUGGAGCUGAAACUAUAAGUAAUAUUGCUGGACAUAUCUUGAGAUUUCUAUAUUCCACCAAAUAUAGAACUUUUUAAUACAUAUUUGUCUUUAGGCCAAAGCCAUCAUAAAGCAUAAGGGUUAUUUUACUAAGAGUCGGUGUAAGUGUUUUACUUGACUUUUUAAUAGGCGUUAAUGAUGCUCCUUUGUUCUGAUUAUUUGAGAUUUCUGUAUUCAUUGUGUUAAGGUAACUGUGUUCCACCUUGGGUGGUCUGUUCCCCAAAAGGCAUCGUAUAACUAAACAAAUCUGAGAUCAGUAUGUAAAUGCAUUUUGGGAGUAGGAGGGUGUCCAGUAGGGGGAAGAGUUGCUGUUGCCUUCUUAAGUUUCACAUGGUUGAGAUGGAAGAUGAUAAUGUUCUGUAAGUAACGUGGUUUGAAUUUGUCUUUUAGGGAAGCCUCAAGCUUGGAAGAAGUAGUUGAAAAACAAGGAGAUGUGAUAGAAUACCUUAAACGACACAAUGCUCUACUGAGCCAGAAGAUGCUGGCUUUAACAUCCCAGCAGGGCAGGGGCUAGCUGUGGCCAGGAAACAGUGACCAAACAGUGUUAAAAAUGGCGGACUAACUUGAAUAUUGACUCGUCCUCUGACAGCAGCAAACACAUCUUACGCAAGUUUGCAGUGACAGGUUUUCAGUCCUGGUUCUGAGCAGCUGUCGGACCUCAUCUGGCUUGGUGCUUAAAGCUGCUUGGUUUUUAAAGGACACUUUUAUUUUUGAGAUCCCCCCCCCCAAAAAAAAAUCCCUCCCGUACAGAGAGCUGGCAUUAACCAGGGGGAAAACACCUCAAUCAGUUGUCUGUUUGGUUCUUUCAACUCUCUGAUUUGAAAGUGAUGCAGAUUUCCAAAGAUUUUAGUCGUCGUUUUGAAUGCCAUCUUUUUUCAAACCAGUAUGAAGCAAACACCUGAGUAUCAAGUAUCAAAAUGUUAAUAUACUGUGCAUUUAUUUGGUAAUUGGUAAGGCCAUCAAUUAAGGAUUGUUUGUUUCUAUACUGCGGCUGCGAUGGAUGACCUCACAGUGGCAAGAUCCCAUAGGGUGUCACAACUGACUCUGGGAGACUUUCACCAAUGUAAGUGCACUCAUGAUGACAAGUAGCACUGUAAAUUCAGGGACUGAUCCAAAGCGGUAUGGAGACGACACUUAGACAAGUGGGAAAGAGAAGUGAAGCAUUCAGUAGCUAGUCCCAAGGCAGUUGUAUAGAUGACAUUUCAAGCAUCACUCCAGACAAGGAUGGCAAGAUGAGGCUGGCAGUCAGAGAAGCCAGUUCUUCUGGCUUGUUCACGUGUUGCAUUAUCACAUGUUAUAAAUGCCAGUAUCCUGUUGUCAGCAAAUGGUUGCGUACUGAAAAUAUGUUGUUCACUGCCUCCAGCUUUUUCUUUUUGCAGACCGGUUAUCCCUUCUGCUUAAACCUCUCUGCUUGUCUUGCUAGCUGGAAAUAAGUGAGAAUAAUUAAGGGGACAGUGCAUGGGCAUAACAUAAGAACCUGCAUGUUAACAAGCUAUGUGUAAACGUAUUUCAGGGAGAAUUGAGUACCUCUUGCCCUCCUGGUGUUGUUGGAUUGCAGCUCCUUCAGCCCCAGCCAUCAUGGUCAACAAUCAGGGAUGAUGGAAGCUUCAGUCCAGCAACAUCCAGGGGAUCACAUGUCCCCCUUCCCUGGCCACCAAGGUGUGUCCUGCUUAAAAAACAGUCCUUAAAUUAUUCUCAUGGAAAACUACUUGUUUAUCUAAUCCUUCAUAUGGGAUAUAUACACAGACAGGAAAACCCCCAAAAAUUUGCAUCACAGUGAUUCACACAUGCUUCAUGGCGCUGAAGUUUAGAAAUGGAUAAAAGUUAACUAACAAAAGCAUUUUUCUUACAAUGUUGACAUACAGUUUGAAUCUGCCAUGAUCGUUGCUGCAAAUAUUUCACUUUACAGGAUAGUAUCCAGUGUCUGCUGUCUUUGAAAAUGUCGGCAUUUCUCCCCCUGAAGCCAAGUGGCUCACAGAAGUGUUUAUAGGUUCAACUCUGCUUUGAAUGUCUAAUCUCUGUAUUUGAUUGAACUCUGUAGAUGCUAAUCGUUGGGACGCAUUCCCCCUUUAAGUUCCCCAUCCAGCUACAAACAGCUGUCAUUUGUCUGCUAUGCCACUUUGCUGCCAACAAAGGCUGGGUGGUUUUUUUGUUUUCUGUUGGUUUUUUUUUUGUAUAUCUUAGUCAAUAUUUCUGUAGAAAGACAAACACUUAAACAAACAGGAGGAUUUUCCAAACAUGUGCUGCGAUCUAGUUUAGAGAGAACAAAAGCAUACCAUUCUAUCACACUUCAUGCAAACAGACUGUUAAUCCACUGCUCAGUGAGAGAUGUAUAUAGUAUUGUUUAAGGGACAGUAUAGAAAAACUGCAACUGGCGGCUUCUGACACUUAACAUGUUCUUUCCUUGUUAGCUGUGCCUUAAACACAGUUGGGAUUUUAUUAAGAAGUGGAGGAAGAAAUAUGUAUACUUUUCCUUUUUUAAAAGGACACUCAGGUUUUGAUCUGAUUUGUAUGUGACUCAUUCUCUGUUUUGUACUAAAUGUGAAAUAAUAAACGCAACAAACCCUACUCACUUUAGUCUGCUGCUAGCUAAAGAUAAAGAUUCUUGUGCUCUUGCAUUGGGGUAGAGCACUUGAGACUGGAGGUCUUCGUAAACGCCUGCUGGUGUGUUAUUCUUGCCAUUGAGUCUGGUAAGUCACAGCUAAGUGCCUAGAACCAUAAGAAAGUCACAGUAAAUUGAAGGCUUGAGUCAAUGUCAGAAUAUUGAACCUAGGGCACCUGUGCAAAAUCUGCAUAUCGUGUCGAACCCAGUUGUUAAAUCACAUCUUCUGUUGACAUCAGCCAGGUCUACUCUUUUAGCCUGUUAAAUUGCAUUGAACCCAUUUACCUAGUAGCAUCCUCUAAAUGCUUUAUUCUGAAAUUAUUGGCUGGAAAGAUGACCCCUGGAAUAGCGUUUGCAUAAUGGGGAAAACUUUGCAUUCCAAAAGUUGGAAAGGAACAUUGAGUUCUACUUGCUUUCAUAUAUUUACUGUAGUUUUUAGAAUGUUUUCUCUGUAGCAGCUAGAUAUAUUAAUUGAAAGCAAGAAUUCUCUCAAGGCUCCUAUUGUUGGUGAGUUGUGCAUAAAUUAAAUAUUGGCAGAAGUGAAUAUUGACCCACCCCAUUACUGGUGGGGUUAAAGGACAAUGCAAAACUGGAUUCUUGCAUUAAAUGACUCGUUGGUACAAAUUUGCUUAUUGUUGUGUCCCAUAGACGAAUUAGGAUCAUGCAGAAAUAAAAUUUAGCAAUUGGGAUAGCUGCCUGCAUGGGGAAGGAUUUAUGAUAAAAAGUAUGGUUUGCCUUAUUUUUUUUCUAAUCUUGAGAGAGAAAAUGGAAACAUCCGAAGGUGUCAUGAGAAGUAGAUAUUUUUUAAAAAGUAAGUUUGCCCAACAUAAUUUGAGUUCUUUUAUCAAUGUUUAUAACUCCUUUAAAAAAAGAUAACUUUAAGAGCUGAAAGCUUGAGAAACAGUGGGUAAAUGUCAAGAAAGCAUCAUUUCUCCAUGGCACCUAUUUUCCUUCAUUGUGUCUUCCCACUCCUGGUGAACUGUGCUGGUCUUGCUGGCUGGAUUGAAUUUUUCAUAUAAAAAAUCUGCCAUAUUGUUUCAAGGCCUUAAAUAGGAGCGCAGUCUGUUCAAGACAUAUCCAUGGAGCUAGGGUCAAAACUUUUCCAGUGAAGGGUAAUUAAAGGGAAAAGCAGUCUGCCUGGGGAAGGCUAUCAAAUAGCCUAAUCCUGAGAUAACCCCAGAGACAUGAAAGCAGUGUCACUGUGGGAACUGGCUCAGCACCUCUGGUGCAUUACAAUGUGUUUGGAGACGAAACUGCCUAUGAAUUGAUUGCUCUUCCUGUGCGUAAAUAUUAGACCAUGGAAAACAAUUGAUCAGCAUGCAAAUAGAAGCCGAUACCAGCUGACCUCUCAUUUGCUGGAGGAAAAUGGAGGUCUUUCCCAGGCCUGCCAGCCUCUUGCAAUUGGAGCCAUAUCCUGGUGGGAAUAGUCCCUUUGAUCCCAGCGUUUUAAAUGCUUGUACAUUAGGUAAAGGUAAAGGGACCCCUGACAAUUAGGUGCAGUCGUGACCGACUCUGGGGUUGCGGCGCUCAUCUCCCUUUAUUGGCCAAGGGAGCCGGCGUACAGCUUCCGGGUCAUGUGGCCAGCAUGACUAAGCUGCUUCUGGAGAACCAGAGCAGCGCACGGAAAUGCCGUUUACCUUCCCGCCGGAGCGGUACCUAUUUGUCUACUUGCACUUUGACAUGAUUUCAAACUGCUACGUUGGCAGGAGCUGGGACUGAGCAACAGGAGCUCAUCCCGUUGCGGGGAUUCGAACUGCUGACCUUCUGAUUGGCAAGUCCUAGGCUCUGUGGUUUAACCCACAGCGCCACCCACGUCCCACCAUUACCCCCACAUUACUCCCAUUCAAAUAGGCCAGCAUAGGCCUUUGCAGUCAUAACCAUUCCACUCCAUUGGCUAUGAGUGUUGGACUAGGACCUGGGAAACCAGUUUUCAAAUCCCCACUUGGCCAUAAAGCUCAUAUGGUGACUUUGGGCUAGUCGCUGCCUCUCAGACUAGGCUACCACGCAGGGUUGUUGGGGUUAAUCGAGAGGGGGAAGAACCACUUACACUACACGGAGGACCUUGGAGAAAAAGGUGGCAUAUAAAUGCAAUAAGUAAAUAAAUAAGCCCUUCAUGCAAUUGCCAUCACUUGUGCUUGGUGGCAUUGCCACCCUCCAAACUUCUAGAUGAGAAGAAACCCUGUGGGAUCAGAGUUCUAAUUAGGCCAGAAGCCUUCAGACUCUCCAGUGUGUGAAGGUGGGGCCAGCAUGGGAUGUGAUUGAGGGUAUGCAGCCAGCAAGUUUGCAAAAGGAGAAUGACUCUCUGACCUUAUUUAUAUAUAUUUAAAGCUUAUGAUUGCCUAGUCCAUGAAAAGUGAGACUGACAGCACAAUCCUAUCCUUAUCUAUCCUGAAGGUCCAUUAAGCUAAAUGGGACUUAGUCCUCAGUGACUGUGCAUAGGAUUGCAGGUUAAAAACAAAGAUUUCUUGCACAGGCAUUAGCAUAGGAUCCACUGUGGAGCUUCCUUAUUGCAUUAUAUAAACAACUUCGCUUUUGGAUCAAAGCAAGGCCAGCAGUGUCCUGUAUUCUGUUCCCAUAGGUGCCUGUGGCAAGCUCCCAGGCAGAAUCUCAACAGCUGUAUCUUAUUUAAAGUGAAUGAAUGCAUUACAAGCUGCAAAAUCUGAUCAACAUUCUUUC